CCAUCUACUAAAAACAGAGUUCAAACAAUUUCAACAACGAUGGCUUACACUCUCGUCUCCCUCUAUUUCAUUUUGUUUCCAUCAUUAUUCGCCAUCACUCGUGCAAUUUUCUCCGAGGAAUUAGCUCAAGGCAUAGCUAUAAAACGCGAAGAGAAGACUACACACUUACAUUUCUACUUUCACGACAUUGUAGCUGGCAAAAAUGCAACCGCCAUUAGAAUUGCUGGACCUCAAGAUAGUAGCAUUACAGAUUUUGGUAAUACAAUGAUGAUAGAUGAUCCAUUGACGGAAGGUCCUAAUCUUACGUCAAAGCUGAUUGGAAGAGCUCAGGGUAUGUAUGCGGUGGCAGCUCAAAAUGAUAUGUUAUUGUUAAUGGUAUUGAACUAUGCAUUUACAGAAGGAGAGUAUGACGGAAGCAGCAUUAGCAUUCUCGGAAGAAAUCAUGUUUUUGAUGAUAGCAGAGAAAUGCCUAUAGUUGGAGGGACCGGGGCUUUUAGGCUUGCUAGUGGCUACGCGUUGGCGCAUACUAUUCAUGUUGACAUGGUAGAAGCAAUUGUCGAAUAUCAUGUCUACGUUACACAUUACUAAUCAUACGUGAUGCUUUAUAGUUUUUGCAAAUAGUGAAUAUAGUUUCAGAAACUACAUCUCCGAAGAGAAAGUGCUUUUCCACUUGAGUCUGGUUAUUUAACUUAUUUUAUGUAAGAUGUAUUUUCUAGCUCAGAGUUUAGAGUUUCACCCAGGAAGAAUAAUAAAGAGCCAAAAAAAUAUUUCAAUUUCA